GAGUACUGAUGAAGUUUAUGUAGAAAUUCAUAGAAAUAGUAAAAAAAAGAAAAAUCCAGGUCACCACCGGAGCAAACACGCAAAGCAAAACUACAGGGGCCUCUUAAGUCACCCUUCCCGUAACAUUUACUUUCACUAAUCAUCAAACCCUAGCUUGCUUAGCUAGCUCGUUUUUCACCUUCAAUGGCGUCGCGAUUACGACGUCGUAAUCUUUCAUUCGAACUCCUCUCCACCGGACUAGACGACAACGACGAUCACAUCGCUCCCGAGAACAACAAUUUCUACAGAUCUACCUCCGAUCCGCUGCAAGGCGAUGAUGCGGAGGUGUUGAAAUCGGCGAAGCGGCGAAAAAAACGGCGCAAUCGCGGCGGUAAGGGCAAAAAGUCGUUGCUUGAUUGCGUGAUUGCGGAGGAGACGGUUGAUUUUGGUAGCAAGAGUUGUAGUAGUAGUUGUGUCACUCAGACUGUUGUGUUUGAUGGUGUUUCGGAGUCGAAUGGCGGUGAUCGGGCGGGUAGCUCGGAGUUUUUGGGGUUGAAAAGCUUGAAAGGAGGUGGAUUGAGGCAGAGGAAUGUGAAUUCUGGUGAUGAUAUAGCGAAUGGCGGUGAAUUGGAGUGUGUAAGUUCGAAGGAUGGAGAUUUGAGGCAUAGGAAUGUGAGUUGUGGAGGUGAUAAUGUGGCAAAUGACGGUGAAUUGGAGUGUGUGAGUUCGAAAGACGGAGAAUUGAGGCAGCGGAAUGUGAAUCAUGGCGGUAAUGUGGUGAAUGGCGGUGAACUUGAGCAUGUGAGUUUGAAAGACGGAGAAUUGAGGCAGCGGAAUGUGAAUCGUGAUGAUGUGGUGAAUGGCGGUGUGAAUAGUUCGGAGUAUGUGAGCUUGAAAGGCGGAGAAUUGAGGCAGCGGAAUGUGAAUGGAGGUAAGGAGGAGGAGAGGAUUGUGUGUGAGGAUGUAAAAGGUGGAGAAUUGAGGCAACGAGGUAGUGUGAAUGGCAGUGAUGAGGAAAAGGUGGUUGUGGAAGAUGUUAAAGCAACUGAGAGGUUUGGGGAUAGUAAUGUCAGGGAGGUUAACGGAAAUGUUAUGAGGAAAUUGGAGAGUGAGACAUGGUUGGAUUGGAAGAAACUUAUGGCCGAAGAUCCUAACUACAAUUUACCAUUAGAGAAAUCUCCAUUAAAAUAUUUUAUUGAAGAAAUGUACGAUGGUAAUUCGCUGCGGAAUACAACAAUUACUGCCAAUGAGAAAGAUCGAGAAAGAGUAUAUGAUACUAUAUUCCGCUUGCCAUGGCGUUGUGAACUGCUCAUAAAUGUUGGCUUUUUUGUUUGCUUGGAUUCGUUUCUAUCACUGGUAACUAUCAUGCCAACAAGACUUCUCGUCACAACUUGGAAGCAUCUACAAGCAAGGCAGUUCAGGAGGCUUUCAGCAGCAGAGCUGUCGGAUUUUGGUUGUUUUCUUGCGCUGGUUUGUGGUGUCAUUCUCUUACAACAAACAGAUAUUAGCCUGAUAUAUCACAUGAUUCGUGGUCAAGGGACAAUCAAACUUUAUGUGGUGUACAAUGUCCUAGAGAUAUUUGACAAAUUAUGCCAAAGUUUUGGUGGGGAUGUUCUGCAGACCUUAUUCAAUUCCGCAGAUGGAUUGGCAAAUUGUUCCCCAGAAUCCAGGACAUAUUGGUUAUGGAGAUUUAUAUCUGAUGAAGCUUUAACAGUGACUUCAUCAAUCAUUCAUUCAUUCAUCUUAUUAGCUCAGGCCAUUACUCUGUCAACCUGUAUAGUCGCUCACAAUAAUGCGUUGCCAGCUUUGCUGGUAUCCAACAAUUUUGCCGAGAUUAAAAGCAAUGUUUUCAAGCGUUUUAGUAAGGAUAACGUACAAAGUAUGGUAUACUAUGAUUCAGUGGAGAGGUUCCACAUAUCGGCCUUUAUAUUGUUCAUCUUAGCUCAGAACAUUCUGGAAGCAGAGUCUCCUUGGUUCGAGAAUUUUCUUUGUAAUGCUUCUAUGGUUUUUAUAUGUGAAGUUAUGAUUGAUAUAAUCAAACAUUCUUUCAUUGCGAAAUUUAAUGACAUAAAGCCCAUCGUAUUCUCUGAGUUCCUCGAAGACCUUUGUAGACAGAGACUGAAUUUGCAAAUGGAGAAUGGGAAGAGAAACCUUACAUUUGUUCCUUUAGCUCCUGCUUGUGUGGUAAUCAGAGUAUUGAGUCCAAUAUAUGCAGCUCAUCUUCCUCAUAGCCCUUUGUUGUGGAGACUCUUCUGGAUUUGCAUAUUAUCAGCCAUGACUUUUGUGAUGCUUACAAGCCUUAAAGUAAUGGUUGGCAUGGGACUUCAAAAACAUGCAACUUGGUAUGUCAAACGAUGCCAGAACAGGAAACUGCACAAUGAUUAAAUGAGCUGUAAGAAUUUUAGUUGCUCCAGAGGAAUCUGAAGAUCAAAAUCUUAUUGCUCCACAAUGUAAGAUAUCCAAUCAGCACUGGGAUUGUAUUGGACCUGCAAAAUGCAGGCAGGACUUAUCCUCGGGAUCUGCCAAGCAGCUGUUGAUUUCAAAAAUCAUGCAUGAUUUCGCUUGGUGAAUUUUCUUCCCGAUAGGAAGUGGUGAGUGACUGGAUACGAACUUCCAAGUGACUCUUGUUCUCAAGGUUAUUUAUAUUAUAUAAUAGUAUACUUACCUGUGGAUAUAUGCAGGACCUAGCUUGAGAACUUCCUCAAGCUAGUCUUUUUGGAUCACAAAUUUACUGUAUAGAUCUUAAACUAACUUUACCUUUUCCAUCCAGUCAAUGUAUCAUAUAGUUUUAUAGGAAAUAUAUCCGCUUAUAUAGAUAUAUCAUAUGAAUAAAUAUAUAAUUAUUGAAUUAAUAGAUUUUGCAAUGCAGUAUA